AUGGCAACGUUUGGAGGAACUACCCAGAAGUGUAAGGCAUGUGAGAAGACUGUGUACUUGGUGGAUGAGCUCACAGCUGAUAAUAAAGUCUAUCACAAGGCUUGUUUCAGAUGUCAUCACUGCAAAGGCACCCUCAAGCUGAGUAAUUAUAGCUCUUUUGAGGGAGUAUUAUAUUGCAAGCCUCACUUCGAUCAACUGUUUAAGAUGACUGGUAGCUUGGAUAAGAGUUUUGAAGGUGCGCCAAAAACUGUUAGAGUUGACAGAUCUGCUGACCAGGGAAUUGCUCAGGGCCAUACCAGCAGCAAAGUUUCAAGUAUGUUUGCUGGAACCCAAGAUAAGUGCGUGGCGGUUGAUGGCACUUCAUACCAUAGGGCUUGUUUCAAGUGUGCCCACGGAGGCUGUGUGAUCAGCCCAUCAAACUAUGUAGCCCAUGAGCAUCGACUCUACUGUAGGCAUCAUCACUCCCAGCUGUUCAAGCAAAAGGGAAACUUUAGCCAACUGGUCAAGCACGAGCAAGUUGAAGUGGUGACUGAGAACACAGCAGCCUGA